CAGGCAAGCCACCAUUUGGCCAACCGUGGACCCGAGACCCAAAGGAAAAAAAAACACGUCCACUUUUGGAUACAUUUCUCGGGACAGACGCCAUUUCGUGCUUUGCGAAUCCAGGGAAGAAUAACGGGCUUGGGUUGCGGUGCGUAAACGGUACAAUGUCUGAAAACGCAUCCCCAGCAGUGUGUUUUAUAGUCCAUGGCAUUCUUGUAUGCCUCGCGUUGUUGUCUUUUGUCGCCUCCGCCGGAGACAUACCCGUCCUCGCUAAAUAUUUUAACACCAAAAGUCGCUACGAAGAGGUGAACCCGCAUUUGAUCGACGACGUUCUCACGGUGAACGCGUCCGCGGUGAAGCCCCCCGCACCCGGCUGCCGAGCCGCGCACCUCACGGCCAUCGUGCGCCACGGAACGAGGUACCCGACCAUCGGGAACAUCAAGAAGUUUCACAAGCUCCGCGACCUCGUUGCCGCCGCGGCCACCGGCGACCGGGGUCCGCUGCCGGGACUGGAAUCGUGGCAGAUGCGCUACACGUACGAGAUGGACGGCCGGCUCGCCGCCAAAGGCAGAGCGGACCUCGGGCACCUGGCGCAGAGGCUGGUGCGCUCGUUCCCCUCCCUGCUAACGGAGCGCAAUCUUCGCGCAGGACGCGUCAAAUUCGUGACGAGCUCCAAACAUCGGUGCGUGAACAGCACCGUCGCUUUCCAGCGAGGUUUAACGGACACUCUGGGUAUGCCAGGAGCGGAUCUGGAGCGCACCGUAAACGACGCGCUCAUGCGCUUUUUCGAUCGGUGUCGGCGUCUGGUGGAGAAGAACCUGGAGGCUGCGCCGCAGGUGGCGCUCUUCAACGGCGGGCCCGAGAUGACACGGGUUCGGGAGAAGGUGGCCGAUACGCUGCGGAUCCCCUACGCCAACAUCACCCUGGACUCUGUGGAGGCAGCGUUCUACCUGUGUGCGCAUGAUUUCACCAUCAAUGACACGAUCUCCCCUUGGUGCAACCUCUUUGAUGAAUCAGAUGGACAGGUGAUGGAAUACUCUGGCGACCUGAAGCAAUACUGGAAGAGAGGCUUCGGCUAUGACAUCAACAGCAAGUCCAGCUGCAUUCUGUUCCAUGAUCUGUUCAGCCGCCUUGAUGCUACAGUAAGCCAGAUCCGGUCGGGUGUGCCUGUGUCGGAGGUGGUCACCGUGCAGGUGGGCCACGCUGAAACCUUACUGCCUCUCCUCACGCUGCUGGACCUGUUUAAGGAUCCCACCCGCCUCAUGUCCAGCAACUUCGCCACACAGCGCAACCGCGCCUUCCGCAGUGGCCGGAUUGUGCCGUACGCUGCCAACCUGCUGGUGGUGCUGUACAGCUGCACCGAGGGGCUCAGACUGCAGGUGCGGUUGAAUGAGCAACCCCUGACACUGCCUGACCUCAGUGACCCCUCUCCUCUGUAUGAGGAUGUUAGAACAAGGUACGCCCAGCUGCUGCAGGGAUGUGACCAAGAGACUGUCUGCAGAGUGGACAACUGAGAAGCAAAUUAAAAAUCUGGACACUAGACACUAGAUACUAGAGGGUAGACACUACAGAGUAGCCACUAGACACUAGAGGGUAGACACUACAGAGUAGCCACUAGACACUAGAGGGUAGACACUAGACACUGGAGGGUAGACACUAGAGGGUAGACACUAGACAUUAGACACUAGAGGGUAGACACUAGACACUAGAGGGUAGACACUACAGAGUAGCCACUAGACACUAGAGGGUAGACAUUACAGAGUAGCCACUAGACACUAGAGGGUAGACACUACAGAGUAGCCACUAGACACUAGAGAGUAGACACUAGACCCCAGAUACUAGAGAGUAGACACUAGACACUAGAGGGUAGACACUACAGAGUAGCCACUAGAUGCUAGAGGGUAGACAUUACAGAGUAGCCACUAGACGCUAGAGGGUAGACACUAGACCCCAGAUACUAGAGAGUAGACACUAGACCCCAGGCACUAGAGUGUAGACACUAGACCCCAGGCACUAGAGUGUAGACACUAGACCCCAGGCACUAGAGUGUAGACACUAGACCCCAGGCACUAGAGUGUAGACACUAGACCCCAGGCACUAGAGUGUAGACACUAGACCCCAGGCACUAGAGUGUAGACACUAGACCCCAGACACUAGAGUGUAGACACUACACACAAGAAACUAGAGGGUAGACACUAGACACAGGACACUAGAGGGUAGACACUAGAGGGUAGACACUAGACACUAGAGGGUAGACACUAGACACAGGACAC